AUAUAUCCAGCCUACCAUUUGUGUGUUUGGUCUGUUCGGAAACUUGCUGUCAUUUUGCGUCUUCAUGACCCGGAAGAUGCGCGUUGUCUCCACGAAUGUGUAUCUGGCCGCGCUGGCAGCCAGCAACUUCCUGUUCCUACUUUCUCUUUCGAUUACAUGGCUAGAAAUUGUUGGCAUCAGAAUCGUACACACAGACGGGAUAUGCCAAAUGACAAUUUAUAUCACAUAUUGUUGCAGGUGA